GCUGCACGUUGGAUUCCAUGGGGGGUAGACCUGUUCUGCAAUUUAGCAGAUGUCUUUCAAAUUGCUCCCCUCAUCGAGCAACGCAAUGCAGCGGAAAAGGGUGACCAUGUAGAGGAUGAAGAAACGAAGAUUGAUUGCGAGGCAAUCUUGUCAAACGUCCCAAAGGAUGUAGAAGAACGGACAAUGCACACCUACAAGAAGAUCACUGCCGCAGCCCCUUACUUGCUAACCUUGGUGAAUGGCAACAGGAAGAAGCAACACGAACUCGAGGGACUUCUUGCUGAGAUGCAAGUUGUCAUCGGACAAGUUCGUUCAGAGGAUGCCAGUCAUCUGAAACCUGUCAUCGGAAAAUACACAGCGCCCGACCCUGACGACAAAGACCUGGUACUUUCCAUUUCUGCUAACAGUCACAAGUCACAUGCAAGGAUGGGUCUUAACCACCCACAACUCACCAGGAUGCUCUGUCCGGUGAAUACACGCAAUAAAUUACAAAGCGGUGAGAUCAAGAUGCACACUUUGGUAUGGCCAUCUAUGGUAUACUCUGGUAACAUCCCGGGAGAAGACUUCGACCCAAAGCAAGUUCAAAAGGGGCUACUUGAAGGUUACCUUAUUGAGCGAGUCAUGAAGCAUCUUUUCACAGGCCCUUCCACCGCUCUU